GUAACAAUGAUGCUGGUGGGGCGGUUGAAUCUGCGCGUGGCGCUGGUAGUGCUCUGUAUCCUCGUGUUGGUGCUGAUGCUCUUCUGGAGCCACUGCGGGGAACUCUCGCGCAGACCUAUCGGCUCUGUGCUCUCAAACGCACUGUCAGAGCGCAACGUGGGCAGCGACGAGAUCGAGUGCUCCAUCAACGGAGAGUUCUCUGUGGCGUGCCGCCGACACCGGGAUGAGAUAUAUGUACCCUUUACAUUCAUACACAAGUACUUUGAGAUAUACGGUAAGGUAGUAGCAGCAGAUGGCAUCGAGAAGUUCGAAUGGUCUCACAGCUAUAGCAAAAUAUAUCAUCCGAAGAAAAAAUACGAUCCUCGAGGCACUUUCACCACCUUCGAAAACUAUAACGUCGAAGUGCGGGAUCGCGUGAAAUGCAUCAGCGGUAUCGAGGGUGUACCCGUCUCUAUACAAUGGGAGCCUAGAGGGUUCUUCUACGCAACACAAAUAGCACAGUUCGGUUUGGCGCAUUACAGCAAGAAUAUAACAGAGCCGGAACCGAGACGAAGGAUUUUAGAUGAUGGUGAAACGCAUAUAGAGAACUGGAUCGUCAGCAAAGAUGCAUACAUGGCAAGGGAAUAUGAUACUACACUACGGACUAAUAUUUUAAGGUUCACAACAACAGACCAUGUCUCGAGUCAGGUGUGGUUGAAGGUGAAUAUCACUCAAGAUUUUGUGUUGAGCCUGGAUCUCUUGCUGAAACCAAACUCUUCACUCACAGUGGUGCUACAGAAUAAGGAUAAAAAGGAGACUGUAUAUCUACAUUAUAUUACUAGUUUGCAACUUAUUUCAGCACAAGAGGAUCAUAUAUACUACGGCAUCGGUGUGGAAGCUGCGUGGCGACGGAUCACGCGAGAUCUCAUCAUCGACAUGCAGAAGGGUUGGGCGCUGCAGGACAGGCCCAAGAGGAAGUCACCUAGGAACAAAUUUAAGAUAUCGAGCAUAAUCGUGUGCGGCAGCGGCUCGCUGGACAACGUGACCGUGGCGUCCAGCGAGCACAUGGCGCAGUUCGUGGCGGCGGCGCGGUGGCUGGCGGCCGCACAGAGACCGCGCACCGGCGCCUGGCCCGUCCCCGCGCGGCGCCGCGUCGCCGGCCAGGACCUGCGGCCCGGCUGGCACUCGGCCAUGAGCCAAGGGCACGCGAUAUCGGUGCUGUCCCGCGCGUACUACCGCAGCGGGGACGCGUCGUACCUGCAGGCGGCCAAGCGCGCCAUGUACCUGCUGGACGUGCCGAGCCACGCCGGCGGGGUCAAGGCCAUGUGGAUGGACAAAUAUGUCUGGUAUGAAGAAUACCCAACAACACCCCCACUGUUCGUCCUGAACGGCUUCAUAUACACGCUGCUCGGCCUCUACGAUCUGCACAUACUCGAGGGUGAGAACUCUAUAUCGCUAGCGAAAAAAAUGUUCGACGACGGCAUGACCUCACUAAAGACCCUCUUGCCUCUCUUCGACACCGGCAGCGGCAGUUUCUACGACCUCCGCCACUUCACGUUGGGAAUCAGCCCCAACAUUGCCAGAUGGGACUACCACGCUACUCACGUGAACCAAUUAUAUCUCCUAGCUGGUCUGGAUGAUGACCCUAUAUUGAUCAAUACAGCGAAAAGAUGGGAAGGGUACAUGCAAGGGAAGAGGGCGGCGCAUAACUGA